UGAAGAUGUAGCAGUGGAUAUUCAGGUUGCGGCUUGAACUCAGAAGCCUGAAGCUGCAGGAGGAAGAUGGCUGGGAACGCUUGGAGGUCAUCGGUGUCUCGUCUCAUGGGUGCACUGCAGAGCCAAACACAGGCAAAAACUUUUGCCAGAGGACUGCAAACUGUAACACUAAUUCCAGGAGAUGGAAUCGGUCCUGAGAUCUCCACUGCUGUUAUGAAGAUUUUUGAGGCAGCUAAAGUUCCUAUUCAGUGGGAGGAAAGAAACGUGACAGCCAUCAAAGGACCUGGAGGAAAAUGGAUGAUCCCUCCUGAAGCCAAAGAAUCAAUGGACAAUAGCAAAAUUGGAUUGAAGGGACCUCUGAAGACACCUAUUGCCGCCGGCCAUCCUUCUAUGAACCUGCUUCUUAGAAAGACCUUCGAUUUGUAUGCCAACGUGCGUCCAUGUGUGUCCAUUGAGGGCUUUAAAACGCCUUAUACAGAUGUCAACUUGGUUACCAUCAGAGAAAACACUGAGGGAGAGUACAGUGGAAUUGAACACGAGAUUGUUAAUGGAGUUGUGCAGAGUAUUAAGCUGAUCACAGGAGACGCCAGUCGCCGCAUUGCUGAAUAUGCUUUUGAGUAUGCCAGGAAUAACCAGAGAACAAGUGUAACAGCUGUUCACAAGGCCAACAUCAUGCGAAUGUCAGAUGGCUUGUUUCUAAGGAAGUGCAGAGAGGUGGCUGAGAACUACAAGGAUGUGAAAUUCACUGAAAUGUACCUAGACACAGUGUGUCUAAACAUGGUUCAAGACCCUACUCAGUUUGAUGUGCUGGUGAUGCCCAACCUAUAUGGUGAUAUUUUGAGUGAUCUUUGUGCUGGAUUAAUUGGAGGCCUGGGAGUGACCCCUAGUGGCAACAUUGGGGCCAAUGGUGUUGCCAUAUUUGAAUCGGUGCAUGGAACUGCUCCUGACAUUGCAGGCAAGGACCUGGCCAACCCCACCGCCCUGCUGCUGAGUUCUGUUAUGAUGCUGCGGCACAUGGGACUGCAUGGCCCUGCCAAAAACAUUGAGACUGCCUGCUACGACACUAUCAGAGACAAAAAGGUUUUGACCAAAGAUCUUGGUGGAAAUUCCAAGUGUUCAGAGUUCACAGCAGAAAUCUGCCGAAGAGUGCAGGACAUGGAAUAAGACGUAGUACUCAACAAUAUAUCACUGUUUAUCUAUGUCUGGGCCUCUGGCCCAAAAGGCACAAACAAAAAAUACAUUCGCCUUUGUAUCAUUAUGCGCACAAUUGCCUACACCUUAAAUGUGUCUAUGACUCUGAGGGGUAAAGUCCAAGUAUGUUUUACUUUGUUUUCUUCAGCUUUAAAAACCCAAAAAGAACUGUCUUAAAAUCAUUUUCAGUGGUAUUUGUGUUUAAUGUGGUCUUUUUUGUGAGAAUGGGUUAAAAUACAAUCUACAUAUCUUUAUUUAUAUUUUACAUAAACGCUUUGUCUUUGGGGUAAUAGCAGGCAUAUUCCUGGUCAUACAUUAAAGUUGCUAAUAUUUUGGA